UGGCAGAUUUACUCGUUUUAGGUGAUUCGUGGUUUGUUAUGUUCAUGUAAUCUCAUACAUUUCGAGAAAGAAUUUUUGAGAGACAAUUGUGCGAUAUCUUUAAAUAAAAGCGACAUGGCGCAUAUUCCCUCGGAGCUCGUGCCGCAUUCACGGAAAGUAUGUAGUUUGUACAAGCGUGCACUUCGUUGCUUAGGAGAUUGGUAUCAUAGAACGCACGAUUACAGGAUUCAGGCUGUAUUAAUGAGAGAACGGUUUGAUAAAAACAAAGAUAUAAAAGAUAUGCGUUAUGCGGUAUAUCUGUUACAAGAAGGAGAAAAGGAACUUUUCUCCAAAAUACAUUUCCAACCAAGAACAUUUGCUAAUUCAGCCACAGGAGGAGCAUACGGCCGAAAAGGCGAGACUCCAGAUUGGGUUUUGGAUUUUUGGCAUCCCCUAGAGAAAGCUAGAUAUCCAAAAUAUUUUGCACGUCGUGAACAGAUGAAGGACGAAUAUGAAGAAUGGUAUUAUAAAACAUAUCCAGAAGAGAAGAUCAAAGAUCAUUAGAUACCUGUAAAAUAUAUAUUUAUGCUGUAUCAAUAUGAUAUAACUUGUAGAUAUAAUAUUGUAAUAUAAUGUCUAUUAUUAUGAAAA